AUGAUGGCCUCACACCCCACAACGGCUGCAGGCGCUAACGGUGAUACUCCAUCUACGCAGCCAACUUGCCAGAAUUGCGGUACUUCAACUACUCCAUUAUGGCGUCGCGACGAGACGGGAUCUGUCCUGUGCAACGCCUGCGGCCUGUUCUUGAAGCUGCACGGCCGACCACGUCCGAUUUCUUUGAAGACCGACGUUAUCAAGAGCCGAAAUCGCGUAAAGACAAUGCGCCCGGAUAUGCAGGUUAAGAAAAAGGUAUGGAACAUGCCCCCUUUAAACCCCGCCCGUGUAAAUCAUGUCCGAAAUGCUCACAACUCUUUGCAGCAAAGCCUCCCUGCCAGUACCAACGGUAACUUCAACCAUGAUAAUGCAACUGCUGCCCUUGCCGCCGUUCGCGCGAACCAACAGAAUGCCACAAACGGACAUGGCCACGGUACAGAUUCGCCCGUGUCGCGCACAGCGACCCCGUCUCUAUAUGAUCCCCAUCUGACUGCUUUCCAAGCUAUGGAUCAUUUCCAGUCGGACGCUCUAAAUCAGUACCCCAUUCCCGAUGGCUCUCCUAGCCACCAGUCCCCUAUGAACGGCGACCAGCAGAUCACCGAUGUCCCGCAGACUCACGAGCAGUUAAUUGCCGCCAACUCCAGCCUGAAGACGCGCGUUAGCGAGCUCGAACUUGUCAAUGAGCUAUACAGAGGCCGAUUGCAACAGUUGGAACAAGAUAUGCAGACCGCUGAUAACUACCGCCAUUCUGCCGAGAACUCUGCGAAGGAAGCUGCCACAGAGCGCAUGCAACGUGAAGAGAUUCAGCGACAGUUGGAGGAUAGCCAUAGGCGAGAGAACAUUCUUAAAAGGCGACUCGAUGAGAUGGAGCAAGAGAACCAGGAACUGAAGAUGAAGGUAGAGGAAUCCGAGUCUGAGCGCGUUGCGAAGAAGCCCAAGCUGGACCUAGACGAGGCGAAAGUCGAAGAGACAGAAGUGCCGACACCGCAAUCUGCAUCCUAG